GACCAGAAGACGCGCCACUGUCAGUAUUAGUUUUGCGCGCACGGCUUCGACGUUGCUCGUGUAACAGUAUUUCUACUCGGAUUAUCUUUAUUAAUUACAAGUUAAGUACUAUUUCCUUUAUUGUUAAAAUACUAUUUGAGUGCGGUUUGAAAUUUGUUCAUACUACAUUUAUUACGCUUGAAAUCCUUUUCGAGUAAUGCGCUGACGCCGUGAUCAAUAAAGUCGCCUUUUUCGGUGUCAACAAAAUUUCCAGGUGACUAUCUUGAGUGGUAGUUGUCAUCGGAUUUUCAUGUGCUCCGCCGCCGGUAGAAAUCGCCAAUAGGCGUAACGCCAAUCUCAAUACUUCGGGUUCAUGUGACCUUUUCGCACUGUACACGUCUCCCGCCGAACUACACCGACUCAGAUCACGGGUGAAAUGAGACGGCUCAAAAUCGUAUUUGUUUGUAAACUGGCAAUUUAUUUACUAUCAUGGUCUAUAUUUGUAGGAGAGUUACAUGCUUUAAGAGGAUCAGCUGUUGUUCUACAAGCAAAAAGUAAAGCUGAAAAAAAAAUUUCAGAUGAUGAGGUGGCUGAGCUUGACGAAAAUGGUGAACUGAAUCCAAAUGCAACCGUCGCAUCUACUAAGCCAACGUUAACGGGCAUACCGCAAAUAGACUAUGUCCACGAUCCAAAUCUUCCCCGAGAGCUGAAUGGCUAUAACUUGACGGAUUAUCCGUUUCUGAAUUCCGUGCCUGAAGAAAUAGACUUUAAGUGUGACGGUUUGCAUGACGGUUUCUAUGCCAGUGUACCACAUAAAUGUCAACUGUACCAUCAUUGUUUGUUUGGGACGAGGUACGAUUUUUUGUGCGCCAAUUACACCGCUUUUGAUCAGAAAACGUUUAUCUGCCAUUUUGUGUCUCAAGUAGACUGUAAUAACUCCGCAAAAUACUUCAACAGAAAUGAAGCCUUGUAUAAGGCGGCCGAAACUACCACUACUUCUACGACAACAACGUCUACAACCACUGCUGCCCCCCCACCGCCUCCUCCGCCGCCGUCAAGACCACAGCAGCAACCACAACAACAAUUCAGGCCUUACGAAGGCCGCAGGGUUGUGGCCGGUGGCUAUGCGCAAGGCCGUAAGCACAGGCCCUACAGAAGACGUAGACCCGUUUAUGAAUACUAUUAUGUAGAUGAUGAAUAUGACGAUGCGGAAUAUUACGAUGAUGCCAUCGAACCAAUACCUGUGGUGAAGAAGUCGGCAAGAAAACAUUCCAGGGUCAACAACUACAAACCAGUCGAUUUAGAAAAUGAAUAUGUGGAAAGCAGUUCUGAGUUGGAUAGAGAUAACAACGAACCUAUUGAGCAACAACAUCAACAACAGCGAGCAUCUUCUUCUGUUAUCCCUAAGAACGUAUCUAAUAACCAGAUAAUGUCAGUUUACGGUAAGCCAAGGGCGCCACCGAAGAUACGACGGCCGGUACCUCUUAAUGAACGAGAUCGCUAUGAUUAUAUACCAAAAGCCAAUGAAGGUAGCCAACAGCCACUGGCAGCGUCGACUACAACUAGUACCACUACCACUAGUACGACUACAACAACGACUGAAUCACCAGCAAAGUCAAAAGGAAAAAUACCACCUCCGCCUGUUGAACCAGAAUAUUACGAUGAAGAGGAAGAGGAAUAUGUAGAGGAAGAUGACGUAGACAGUAAAGAAGUAGUUAAUCCUCUCCCUGCGAAAGUCGCACCAACAAAAGACUUUGAUAAUGACAAGCUAAAUAAGCGACAGCCUGUAGCACUUCCAUCAUCAACGAUUGCACCUAAAACACCACUCUCUGUUUUCCGACCAAAACUCACCAAGCCAUUGACAGUACAACCUUCGCCCGUAUUACAGCAUCAGUCUGCAACAGUGCUCAAGAAAAGGCCAGUUGAAAGAGUGGAUGAAUACGAAGAUGAACUUCCAGUUGCUACCAGACAAACCACAACUAAGCGAACGUCUGGCGUAUAUACAAACAAAUCUGCCGUGAAAACGAAAGGUCCGGUUGCAAGGUCACCCGUCUCUGAAGAAGCAGUUUACCAUCAACCUCAGAGGGUUAGCGUCAGACAAUCUACUAGACAUAGGCAAGAACACAAUAAACCAACAAGAAUGGUAAACAGGAGACCCGCAAGACCAACUUACGAGUAUGAGUAUUAUGAUGAAUGAUUAUAACUCUACGACAAAACUAUAAUACUAUCAUAUUCACGAUAUAUAAUGAAAUGCCUUUUAAGCUAAAUGUGAUUUAAUCGUCAUUCAACGUUAGUUGAAAAAUAAUUGACUUGUAUGUCCUUAAUCAUAGAAAGUAAUAACUACUUUAAUAGUUAAUUAUUUAAAUGCUACAUAAUAUAUAUUUAUAUUAAAAAAUAACACCUUUUAUACAUGCUGAUAAAUAAAAACAGCUUAAUGAAGUAAAGAAUUGAAUCGUAUUUUAUUGUGACUUAUACGUAGUUGAUAAUCUUUAUUUAAUUAGUGUAAAACAAAAAUGUAUAUAAGAUCAUUUUUUGUGAUCAUUAAAUUUAAGUAUACGAAUAUAAAUUUUUUAAAUCUCAGACUUUAUAAAAUAAAAGAUAUGUAUUAUUUUAAUUUAAUAAUGGUGUAUCUAUGAAUUACCAUAAUUCAUUAUCAUGUAAUUUUUUUAAUUCUACGAUUCACAAUCAUUUCAUACGAAAUUAUUUUAAAACGUAUGAAUUCAUUGUAAACGAAUUAUAAAAAUAUUUCUUAAAUAUUCUUUUUGCUAUAUUUUUGAAAAAAAUAUCGCAUUUUAUUUUAUUUUUAAGUUUUUAAAUAAUUUUCUAUGAGCGAAAAUUGAAAGAUACUCUUCGAGAACUUGGGCAUUUAAGAUAUUUUUGCUGCCAAUAAAAUAUGAAUUUUAUUAUAUUUAUAUAAUAAAUAAAUAUAUAUAAUAUAUUAUCUA